AUGACUCUCAGUGGCUGGCCCUUGGGGGCCGCCCUGGCCUCUGCCCUGCUGGCUCUGCUGCUGGGCGGCCCCGCGCUGGCCUCCGAGAUUGUGGGGGGGCGGCCAGCCCGGCCCCACGCCUGGCCCUUCAUGGUGUCCCUACAGCGCCGCGGCGGUCACUUCUGCGGGGCCACGCUCAUCGCCCGGAACUUCGUUAUGUCGGCCGCGCACUGCAUGAACGGCCGAAACUUCCGGUCGGUGCAGGUGGUGCUGGGUGCCCACGACCUGCGGCGGCGGGAGUCCAGCCGACAGACCUUUGCCGUUCGGCGGGUCUUUGAGAACGGCUUCAACCCCAUACGCCUAGUGAAUGACAUCGUGGUGCUCCAGCUCAACGGGUCGGCCAUCAUCAACGCCAAUGUGCAGGUGGCCCAGCUGCCGGCCCAGGGUCGCGGUGUGGGCAAUGGCACGCGGUGCCUGGUCAUGGGCUGGGGCCGGCUGGGCACAAACCGGCCCCUGCCCAGCGUCCUGCAGCAGCUGAACGUGACCGUGGUGACCUCGCUGUGCCGGCGGAGCAACGUGUGCACGCUGGUGCGGCGCCGGCAGGCCGGCAUCUGCUUCGGCGACUCCGGCGGCCCCCUGGUCUGCCAGGGACUGGUGCACGGCAUCGACUCCUUCAUCCGGGGCGGCUGUGGCUCCGGGUUCUAUCCAGACGCCUUCACACCUGUGGCGCGGUUCUCCAACUGGAUUAACUCCAUCCUCCGGCGCAGGGCUGCCCGGCCCUAG